AUGGUUCAGCGCCCAAAGGUCACAGUCGCGACGGAGUACGGCAACCCGCUGUCGUUCUGGGUCGAGUACCCGAACGGGCUCGUAGACGUCACCCGCACGACGCACCUGCCGAAAGGCCACCUCGCAAGCGGGGACGUGGCGCAGGAGCAGGUGGCGAGUGAAGUGCCGGUCCCCCCUCUGCUGAAAAACGCGCAGCUCGACAUCCCCGUCGACGGGGAUAGGCACGUCCGCAUCGCGAAGGAGAAGAGCGCGAUCGUGAUCAUCGACAUGCAGAAGAACUGGGGACUGACUGACCACGAACUGACCACCAUCCCUCCCUCGCUCGUCCGGGGAUUCAUGAAGAGUGGACGGGGCGGCUUCGGGUCGCAGCUGCCAGGCCCCUUCGGCAGGCUGCUCAUGCGCGGAGAGUACAAUUCUGAGCUGUAUGGGCCCCUCCAAGGCCUAUACGAAGAAGGCCGGCAGGAAGGCACGGACGUCUGGAUUCACAAGAAUAGGAUGAGCGGCAUCUGGGGCGGACAGACCGCGCUAGAUCUUUACCUUCAAGAGCAUGGAAUAAGCACCCUGUUCUUCGCCGGCGUCAACGCCGAUCAGGUUUGCGUCUCUUGCCGCAGCCCGAUGUUUCAUGACUGA